AUGGAAUAUUUACAAAAAUAUACAAAAAAUAAAUUUUUUAAUCAAAAAAUUCCUCAAAUCUUUAAUAAAUUAUUUAUUCUUUUAAUUUUAAAUUCAAUUAUUUUUACAUUUGUUUAUGCACAGUUUAAUCCUUGUAAUGGAAAAGCAUUACUCAACGAAUCUUGCGAUAAAGAUGCCGAUUGUGAAUUGAAAGGCUCAAUAUGUUUACGGCAGACUUGUCAAUGUCAUCCUUUCUAUCAAAUGGUAAAAUCUGAAAAGGGGGGAAGUACUUCAGCCAGAUGUAGUCGAUUGCCUGCAAAAGUUGGGCAAGAAUGCCAGAGUAAAUGUAGAGAACCCCUUUUUUGUAGAGGAGGUCGUUGUCAAUGCGUUCAACGAGGAUCAACAUCAAUUGUAAAUGGAGAAUGUGUAUCUGGUGAAAUUUCUAAGGAAAAUAUUUUUUUAAUAUUAUUUUUCAUUAAAGUCUCUCGUGUUGGUGAUCGAUGUUCUCGGCAUUAUGAUUGUACCUCACCUUUUUCUGCUUGUGUUAAUCACCAAUGUGUUUGUAUUUCGGGUACAAUUCAGCAAGGCAGCAAAUGUGUGGCUACUUCUAAUUGUCCACUUGGUGGGGCACCUGCUGGAAUAUGCACUCGUAAAGCACAACCUAGCCAAAUACUCAACUUUGUUGAGGAGGCCGAUACUUGUUCCCAAGGCUUUUAUUGUGUUACAACUCCAGAAUCACCCGUAGGUCAUUGCUGUCCAGCAGUAUGCCCUCUAGGUUCAUCAGUAGAUAGUUCAUUUAGUUGCAUAUCCGGUGGAAGUUUUGGUAUUCCCGAAGUUUCUACAACCCAAACAACACCUUCAUUUUCAGCAUUUUUUGGCCGUGAUCCUCCCACCAAUCCACCUUCAUUGGCCAACCUAACUCGUAUAUUUUCACAUUUACUUCCCCGUCCGGCAUGUCCAUCGGAAACUCAUUUUUGUCAUUUUCUUGCUGGUGACACAUUUUCACAAGCAAUUUGUUGUAAAAGACCUUGUAAUUCAAUGGCUCCAGAAUCUUUAUAUUUAAAUGGGGAAUGUGUUACUCGUGGACAAUUGGGAUCUGAAUGUCGGUUUCACGAACAGUGUGGAGCAGCAGAAGGAAUGACUUGUGUUAAAGGUCAAUGUCAGUGUAUUGAUGGAUUUUCCCCAUUGUCUGAUGUAAUUACUCAUCCUACUAAAAAUCCGAGUCAACAAUGUCGUCGAGACUGUGAUAAAAGUAGCAGUAUAAGCCGGGAUACAAAUUGUUUGAGUAAAUCACAACUUGGCGGACCUUGUUUUGUCCAAGAACAAUGCCCAGACCAAGCUGGAUGCUACAGAGGCCGUUGUCUUUGCCGGUGUGGUUAUAAAAUGGCAAAUAGUAAAUGUAUUCCAUUACCUCCUCCAUCAACUCAAAGACCUCAAACUGUGCCAAGUUGGCAAAAAAUUUUGUUAAAUUUUUUAGUUUUCGAAUUUCAGUUGUUCCAAACAAUCCAGAUCUUCUUGGCAUUUUCAGCAAUUUUUUUACUGGAGGUGUUCAGGGUUAAAGAUACAACAACACAUAUAAUUAAUUUUAUAAUUAUGCAUUUUCAAUACGUGAUUUACAAUAAUUUUUUUUAUUUUUUUAAAUAUUAUUCAUUAAAAAUGUAUUUAAAAAUUGUUGGCCGGUACAUAAAUUAA